AGCGAGACUGAGGAGUGCUUUUUUGAUUUGGUGUGGGCGCGGAAAUGAUGUGCCUCGCUGAGAAGAGGAGUGAACCUUAAUUUUUUGAAAAGGCCUCUCUCACUGUGACUGUGCUUUCUUUCACUGCCUUUUUUCUCUUGCGUUCAUCAAACAGGAAUUAACGCAAAACAACAAGAGCAGCUUAUGUUGUAUUCUUACUGAAUAAGGGUUCAUCCAUCAAAGCUUUCUGCUGUCUUACUUUUGUAGGUGAGUGACUGCAAUGGCUCCUGCUAAAGUGGACAAUGCUAAAAAGGCUGAUCCCAAAGCUCAGGCCUUAAAGACAGCCAAGGCUGUGAAAUCAGGUGGCCAAGUUUUUAAAAAGAAAGCUAAGAAGAUCAGGACAUCAGUUACGUUUCACAGGCCAAAGACAUUGAAGAAGGAAAGAAACCCCAAGUACCCUCGUAUUAGUGCACCUCCAAGGAACAAGCUGGACCAUUAUCAAAUUCUUAAAUUUCCAUUGACUACUGAGCCUGCGAUGAAGAAAAUUGAGGAUAACAACACGCUGGUUUUUAUUGUUGACCUCCGUGCGGACAAAAAGAAAAUUAAAGAUGCUGUGAAGAAGAUGUAUGACAUUCAGGCCAAGAAAGUUAACACUUUGAUCAGGCCGGAUGGAACCAAGAAAGCCUAUGUUAGAUUGACUUCAGAUUACGAUGCCUUGGAUGUAGCCAACAAGAUUGGUAUCAUUUAAGUUGUAUUCUUGAUUUGAGUAAAGUCAAUUAUUCAUUUUUAAGAUAGUUGUUCUACAUGUCCAGAGUUAGGACUCCUGAUCUAUCCAUAUGUAUUAACUAUUGUUCGUUCAAUUUUGAGAAUAUAUUUAUGAAUUUACUUAAACUAGUAUAAUAUGUGAUCAAGUGUUCACUCAUUUAGUUUUUAA